AUGUAUAUUUUCACUAAGAAAUUUAUGUUCUUUAUGAAUUUUUCAGUUCAGAUGUAUGGGUUUAUGCUGAUAUAUGUUUUAUUCUUAUAUACACCGGACAUCCUUGACGUUAUAUCGCCUAUGAACGAAUCCCGCUUGCGAAAUCAUUACUUUAAAAUCGAUUACCUUGUCUCUGAGGAGCAAUAUAUUUCCCUCAUUCGAAUACACAUAUGCGCCGUGAUGUUUAUCAUCGUGAUGGUUUUCAAUGCCUGUUUGACCCUGUUCAUAGCUGUCGCGCAACACGUUUGCGGGAUGUGCGAAUUGCUGUGGUAUCGCGCGGAGCGACUAUUUUACGUGGUCGAAAGCACGGCGGAACGCGAUUUAAGUCGCAGGACGAAAUUAAUUUACAGGAACACGGCUGUUUUCAUAAGAAUACAUCUUAACGUCAUACAAUUCAUUGGUACAAUUGAAUAUCUUCAUACUCUACCGUUUCUAAUGGACCUCUUAGGGAUAAUGGUUGUAAUGAGUAUUACGUUAACGCAGGUCGUUUUCGGUAACAUUGAGAAAGCCAUUAGAUCUAUCCUUUUCGCCAAUUUACAAGUAAUAUAUAUCUCACUGUAUAGUUACUUGAGUCAGCAGAUCAUGGACAAUAGCUCGAGGAUAUUUGACGAAUUGUACAACAGUGCGUGGUACGACGUGAUAGCCGCGCAGCAGAAGCCGCUGCUGCUGAUAAUGAAACAACGCUUCCAGCCACUCGUCCUGACCGCCUGUAAGUUUUACGUGAUGUCCUUACCGAAUUUAGGAAAGUUAUUUCAGACGACGGUCUCCUAUGGCAUGUUUAUCAGAACAUUCUAA